GUAUUACGUAAAACCAUUACCAAAUGUUCCCCUAGAACCCUGCAUUAAUGGACCCUAUAAUGUCUAACUUUUCCUUCAUAUAUAUCCUCCUCUUAUUAUGACCCAACCCCACUUUCUAAGCUACUACUAAUUAGUAAUAUUAGUAACUUACUUAAGUAGUAAGUAGUGUACACAACAACCCCCCCUUAUUUUUGCACCCUUUCCUAGUACACCCGUGUGCUUAAGUCCCCUCUCCCCAAAAAAAAAAAGAAGUUAGUAAAAGUCUUCUUUUUCUCACUUCAUUUCUUCUUCUUCUACUUCUUCUUCUUCCUUUUUUCCCUCAAGUAUGGCAGCUGGGGCAGGAUCUCCUUGCGGAGCAUGCAAGUUUUUACGGCGAAAAUGCGCGUCGGAUUGCAUUUUCGCCCCGUAUUUUUGCUCCGAACAAGGACCUGCCCGUUUCGCUGCUAUACAUAAGGUGUUUGGAGCUAGUAAUGUCUCCAAACUCCUAUUACAUCUUCCUGUGCAUGAACGUUGUGAGGCUGUUGUUACCAUUGCUUAUGAAGCCCAGGCUCGGAUCCGUGACCCGGUUUAUGGUUGUGUUGCGCACAUCUUUGCUUUGCAGCAACAGGUGGCAUAUUUACAAGCACAAUUGAUGCAAGUGAAGGGACAAUUAGCAAACAAGAACAUGGAAAAUCAAUGGACAACAACAACAACAUUAGAAGGAAAUAAUCAGAAUUAUCUUGCAGGAAUUCAAGCAGGAGUAUUUCAAACUCAAAGUGGAGUUACUAAUAAUAGUAGUAAUUACAUGAAUAAUAAUAAUCCCAUUUCAUCACCUCAAAGUUCACUUGAUUCAGUUGAUCACCAUCAAAAUGUUACUAAUGAUGUUGGAAUGAUGGUAAUGGCAAUGCAAGACUAUGGUGGAGUAAUUCAACCUAAAACUGAGGGUAUUAUUGGAAAGAAAAGGUCCCUUGAUGACAUGGGUGAGCUUCAAGAAUUGGCCCUUAGAAUGAUGAGAAAUUAAUUUAUUUUCUUUAUUAAAUAAUAAUUAGAGAGGAAAAAAAAGAUUAUGAGAAUAUUAGUGGUCUAUGACUCUUAUCCCACAAAUGAUUGUAAAUAUAGAGGAUUGUCAGAGGAGCUAAUUUUUAGUACUUAGUAUAAAAAGUUUGCAAUAUUAUAUUAAGAUGAGGCAAGCCCAAAAAUGAGGCAUUUUGUUUU